UUGUCAGCCGAGUCUUGUCAACGGAAACACCUGCAUCGUGCUAGUAACGACGGUGGCGGUGGAAACGGUGGUCGGCGGCAGUGGUGGUGGUGGUGGUGGUCGGAAUCGCGCUCACUCUGCGAAUCGAACGUCGCCUGGCGAGCCAGCAGAUAAGAAGGCGAAAGAGCUCUAAGGCGGAUCACCGAGUUCAGUUCUCGCGCUGAUAACGUCCUUGUUGACGACUUGCAUCGCCCACGUGCGUGCUUAGAAACUCGAGUGCUCAUGGCCGCACCAGUCUCAAAUAUAAACAAUGUCAAGGCGAGAACGCUGCGGACCUUCACCGAGAAAUUCGGCGAGUCGGCCGCCGUCUGCGUCUACGCGCCAGGACGCGUCAAUCUCAUUGGCGAGCAUACGGAUUACAACGAGGGCUUCGUGCUGCCGAUGGCAUUACCAAUGGUCACAGUGAUCGCUGGAAAGUCGCACGGAGGACAAAAAACCAAAAUAGUUUCCCUGAGCGACGCGGUCGGCGAAAUCAAUGAGUUUGAAUUCGAAAUGAGUAGUCGCGCCGACAUAAAACCGGGAGUACCAAAGUGGGCGAACUAUGUCAAAGGAUGCAUCGCCAAUUUUAUCUGCGAUGUUCCUGCAUUCAACGCCGUAAUAGCGUCGAGUGUACCGGUGGGUGCCGGUCUCAGCAGCUCAGCGGCUUUGGAAGUAGCGACUUACACGUUUCUAGAGGCGUUGAGCGGCAAGAAAUCAGAGAAACCGGAAGAGAAGGUUUUGGCGUGCCAAAAGGCGGAACACGAUUUCGCCGGAGUGCCGUGCGGUAUAAUGGAUCAGUUUAUUUCGGUCAUGGGUAAGGAGGGCUGCGCCCUUCUAUUAGAUUGCCGAGAUCUCGCGAUCAAACAGAUACCUAUGCAGCACAUGGACGACUAUAUUUUCCUUAUAACUAACUCGAACGCGCCGCACAAGCUGAGCUCGAGCGCCUACUGCGAACGUCGAGACUGUUGCUACGAAGCCGCGCGGAUGUUAGGCAAAAAGAGCUUGAGGGAUGCGGAUAUGAGCGAUAUCCGAGCAUUAAUAUCGCAGAAGGUGUCCGAUCGCGUUGUGAGGAGAGCUCGUCACGUAGUCACGGAGAUUCAACGGACCCUGAACGCCGCGGAAGCACUCGAGCAAGGCGACUUCGAGCGAUUCGGCCAGCUGAUGAACGAAAGCCACGACUCGCUGCGCGACGAUUACGAAGUCUCGUCCACGGAGCUCGAUUCGCUGGUGUCAGCAGCCAGAGAAGUGAAUGGCGUUUUAGGUAGCCGUUUGACGGGCGCGGGCUUUGGCGGCUGCACCGUUACUUUGUUGAAGAAAAACGCGGUCGACAAGGCAAUUCAACAUAUGAGGACGAAGUACACCGGCACACCUACGUUCUACAUAGCGACGCCGACCGGAGGUGCUCGGGAAAUCAACGUAAAUUAGUGUUGCUGUUAACGCCUUAAACAUACAUGCACGCAGAUCGACGUAAUUGCCUUAAUACUCGUAUCAAUAUUCCGUUCUGAUCAUAUAUUAUGCUAAAGCCUGAUUAACCGAUUUUUUGUUUUAAUCUAUUUUCAAUUG